UGACUUGACAGUUUGACAGAGAAACAAAUCAAAACCACUGUGUUUAUUUAUUACUGGAUAGAAAUAAAUCGAGAAUAUAAUUAAAAAACAAUGGAAGACGAUGACUAUUGGAAUACCAGUGAAACAAAGGCCAAAGCUUUUAGUUUUGAUGAUGAUGUUUUAUCUACGCAAGAGAUUCUGGCCAUUGGUCAGAAUUCUUACCCGGGACAGAAGGAAGAAAGCAUCUUUAGCAAUGUGAACAUCACCACUGUCAAGUCAGCUGCCGUCCCUCUCAACAGCCUGGUGUCAUCUAAAGUUUUAGAUCUCAUCCUCCUAGCACAAUCCGGCAAGGACCCAUCAAAGGAAACAAAGCUGGAACCAGUGGAGACGGUAGCCAUGACUCUCAAGAGACUGACGCUGGGUAGAAGCUGUUCCUUCGUGCAUCGCAGCAUGAAGAGUAAGACUGAGCUGCUUGAUGGAGCGUUGGCUAUCGGAGAUGGGAAUGCUGUGCUUACUGUGGUGCUUUUCCUAAUACAAACAUUAAAUAAGAAGCUAGUAUAUGAGCUGCUAUCAUCAAGACCAGUUGCAUUAAACCACUACAUUGCCUUCUUACAAAAUGAAGGGAAAAUUACUGAACUCACUGAUUUGCUCACAAUGUUGGGCAGAAGUCCAGAGGCAGCUAUGUACCAGUUCCAACAUGCAGUGAAGACUCAAGGCAACAAUAUAGAUGUGCUAUUCAGAAAGUUGUCCAAUUUGUUGGCCAACCAUUUCAACCAACCCGGAGUUGACCAACAUCAGGCUAAAAUGGUCGCGGAUUAUAUCAAGUUGUUGGAAUGGCAGAAACACAUAAACAAACCAGACUUGAAGUACACAUCAGUGAUACAGUGGCUUGCACAUAAUUGUAGUCACCAUUGGCACGAGGGCGCGGGGAACGCGAUGUCACCUCUCACGCUUUGCCAAAGACAUCAGAUAACUCCCCUACAAUACGACUGGGUAGUUCUGAAUGUUCACGCCAAAGCCGGGAAAUGGGAUAUUGUAGAAUCUCUGUUUACUAAAAAAGACUGGUUCGGCCGCACCACAGUAUCGUCGAACAUCCCCAUAGAGUCGCUAGUAGCGCGGCUUCACGAGCUGCGCGGGAGCACGCAGCUACUCGCUACUUGUGUCAACAGAGUAGCCAGCAGCGACGACCGACUCCGCCUCGCGCAUAUUUAUAAGAUCCACUCAGUAGUAAUAGAAACUCUAGCGAAGCAGAAGGAUCGUGCAGCGCUCACCAACUACAAGAUGACGCUCAGUCCCCAGUCCGAGGAGUAUAUACUGGCUGACAACACUCUUAGAGAUAACUCAAUAAAAUGGAAGAAUUAGCAGUAAAGUGAAUCUCAUCGCGCCGAAGAGAAGAAACAUGACUGUAUUUUAAGUUUUUGUAUCUAUUUGUAUAAACUGGUACCUAUAAUAUUUCUUAGUUUAUAAGAUUAAAUAUUGAAGAAUUUACUCCAAGUUGUAAAUGUAAAAACGUAUAUACCUACGCUUAUUUUAGUUGUUAUGAUUGAACUAAUUAUGAGACUACUUAUGAAUU